GCGGUGCGCGCUUCCGCCCAUCGCGGCGGCCGGAAGGUGAUGUGGCGGAGCGCGGCGCGAUGUCUGCCAUCUUCAACUUCCAGAGUCUUCUGACUGUGAUCCUGCUGCUCAUAUGUACCUGUGCCUACAUCAGAUCCUUGGCUCCCAGCUUACUGGACAAAAAUAAAACCGGAUUGUUGGGGAUAUUCUGGAAAUGCGCCAGGAUUGGUGAGCGGAAGAGCCCCUACGUGGCCGUGUGCUGUGUGGUGAUGGCCUUCAGCAUCCUGUUCAUGCAGUAGCAGCUGGAGAGAGUCCCCGAGUACCCAACAGCAGAUCUUGUGUCAGGAAAGGAUGGGAAGCCUCACCACAUCUCCUCUCACACGAUGGAUAGCCUGUCUCCUGGCGGACACCCCUGCAGAUGGACCAGCAUUAGUGAUCAUAACCCAGAUGAGAUGUGCUUGUUAAUGCCAGGUCAGCACUGACACUCCUGCUGUAACUCCUGGAAGGGUGUCUGCUGCGUGUCUGAUUUUCAGGGGAGCUUUGUUUGUUUGGUUUGGUUUUUUUUACACCAUGGUGUCGAAAAGGCUUGCUGUUUUCAAUUCUUUAAAAUUUCUUGUCCAGUAGACCUGUUGAAUGAAACCUUAAAAUGGUAAAUCAGUCACAGCAAUAAGACCACCUUUGAAGAAUGAGGAGCAUUUUGACUCUAGGGGAUGUUUAUCAAAGUUUUUUUAGUUCUUGCUGCCUGAACAAUUCCUCUCAAUUUGUAAGUGAUGGCUCUGCUCUCAUCCUAAAAAUAUGACCUCUGACCUAAGUUACACUCAGCUGUUUGUUUCUAAACUUGUAAUUCUCAAAUAAUCUAUCAAUAUCUCUGUUGUUAAGGUGUGAAAUAAAGGCAGGGACCAUAAUUGUGGUGAUGUCUUAUUAGUUGCUGUGAAGGCACAGAUGUGGCAUCUGAAACACCUGGACUUGCUCUCUGUAAAAUACCACAUGUACUCAUUUCUAGAAUUUUAGGUCUUUCAGGUAUGUAAUUUCCCAGCUUCUUCCAAAAUGUUGCAGAAAGGACUCAAAAGGCUCUGCUGUUGUUGCAUGUAUGGAAAGGUUUCUAAAUUAGCAGAAUUAAGUUGGCUGCAGAUAAGGAAGUUGCAUGUCAUAAUAUAAAGGUUGAAGCAACUAAACUACCCUCACCAGUAGUAAAAAUUAUAUUACUUUUAAUGAUACCUUCCAUUAGCACUUACUUCUUAGUUUUGCACACUCAGUAAUGUAGUGACUUCUUCAAGAAUGCCUGACAGGUGUGUGUUACAUCAGACAACUGUGUGACUUCAUCCUGGCCCAUUUGGGAGAGUUGUCUGUUUGCAGUAUUUGUUGUUCUGGAAAGGCUUGUGAUCAGAAGAAACAAAGCGAAAAAGUAAAACAUUGAAAGGUGUGUUAA